AGGGUCUGCAUAUAUCGGAUCCUAGUAUAUGUCUGCCGGGUCGAAUCUCGUACUUCUCACGAAAAUAGGGAGAAAAUAAAAAUAAAAAAUUAAAACACAAGGCGAUUUUCGUUGGAUCGAAACUUGAAGGCUGAAGGCGCUGAACGUAUAAAAAAUUUACGAAAAAAGUAAAGACAGGUACCGAACUUAACAGUCAGUGAAGACGAUAGCGUAGACAGAGUUACAACAGAUGAAGCGCAAGCGUGGAAGCAAGAAAGGCAAAGCUAAGAAGCCCAAAAUUAUGGCGACGAAUGAGGUGGCUUCUAAUGCCGAGGAUGUAAAUACAGGAAAUGAUUCAGUUGUGGAAGAGGAGCUAGAGAGUGAUGGCUCUGGUUCUGGAGGAGAGGAUGAGGGGCCAUCGUCCACCGGGACUGAUCAAGCACAAAAGCCUGCAAGCGCAAAUUCAGGUGGAUUUAGUGAUAGCACUGUUAUAAAAGCAGUUUAUGGGCGUGUCAAAGUCAAGAUCAAGAAUUCUAAAGCAUUAGACUCCCAAGUUACAACUUCAGAAACGCGUACCCAAAAUGAUGCUGAGAAAAGCUGCCAGUAUGCUGGUUUAGAGAAACAGGGAGUUUCCAGUGAAAAAAUGGAAGAUAGUGCCAACUCUUUGUCUGAGACAAAUAAUGUUAGUACAUCUGGGGACUUACCUAAAAAGUCUGCGGGGAUUAAAAUUAAGACGAAGAAUUUCAGUUCGAAUAUUAGUCCAUGUAUUAAUUCUGAAACACUGAAGGGGGAGAAGACACAUAAGAAAGAGCCUUAUUCAGUUUCUAAGAAUUCAAGAUACAAUAAGAAGGAAUUAGAUGCUGCAGUGGAGGUUAUAAAGAAAGUGAUGAAAAUGGAGGCAGCAGAGCCCUUUAAUGCUCCGGUUGAUCCUGUUGCUCUUGGAAUUCCAGACUAUUUUGAUGUUAUAGAUACACCAAUGGAUUUUGGGACGAUACGCAGCAAUCUUGAAAGCGGUGGUAAAUACUUGAACUCAGAGGAUGUCUAUAAAGAUGUGCAAUAUAUAUGGGAUAACUGCUACAAGUACAACAAUAAAGGUGAUUUGGUCUUGGAUCUCAUGAAACGUGUGAAGAAAAACUUUUCAAAGUAUUGGACUGCAGCUGGUUUAUAUAGUGACUACACACAAGUUGAAAGCAGUCAAAUAAAGGAUUCCACACCUGAUAGUACUGGGAAGGAACAAUCGAAAGGAGGUCCCAUGAAUAAUAAGACAAGAAAGCUUCAUGGACUCAAGAAGCACAAAGAUGGCUGCCUAUGUGCUAUAUGUGUGAUGAUGCGCCGAAGGCAAGAACGUGAGGAGAGUGUUCGAAUGUUAGAAGACCAAAUGGAAACUAGUAGUGAAUAUCCAGAUGAGGCCAAACCAGAGGUAACUACACCUGCAGAAAGUCUAGGUGGUGACUAUGCCUCAUCAAAUAUGGAGAAUUCUCCGGAACUGGACAUAGAUUCGAACCAGCAAGAGAAAGCAGAGGAGGGAAAUUUAGCAUAUACCGAAGAUCUAUAUAAUCAUUUACAUGAAGAAGAAAAUCGAGACAGUGAAACAGACAUUCCAGCUAAAAAGGAGGGUCAGAUUUCUGCACUUAUGCAGUUAGGUUCUAGAUCUGUGGAGGACCAUACAAAGCAUCAAAAGCAAAAUAUGGAGUCUGACAAUCAUAUGCUAAAUCACACUGAGAAAGAAACUUUGCGGGCUGGGGGUGAAACUGCCACAAGUGAACAGCAUAAGCCCAAGGAGAAGCUUGACAAGUAUCAGAAAGCUAAGAUGUUGGAGAACCUGCGUCACUUGGAGAACCCCAGGAUUUUUGAGUUAUGUGGAACGCUUUUUGCUGAUGAUAAAAGAUCUGUCUGGAAUGGACCGCGUUCUCUGGUUCAACACAAGGCUUCAACUCGCAAGAGUGCCAUUCGGGCUGCUGUUUCAAAGUUAAUGCAGUAGGGGAAAUUAAUCUAAACAGGCUUCUCUAUUUAGUAUGCUUCACAAGCAGUUCCAUUGCUUACUAUCUUUCCUAUUUGCUUGUGUUUGUAAUCUGAAAUUGACAGAAUUGUCUCCAUAUACACAUAUAUAGUGUACUUCUUUAGUGAGUUUGUCCCUCCUUUUAUUAUUA